AGUUGCUAGUUUUUUAAGUAAACCAAAACUGUCUAUAUCCUCCGUCCGAGAGAGCUAUACAUUAUUCAACAACUCUUUUUAAUUGAUUUUCCAGCGCACACCGAAGCACAGAACAGAACAAACUUUGUCCCUUUCAUGAAACACCAAUUCAUUUCAAAUUGAAAUUGAUUACGAGUGUUUGAAUUAACAACAAUUCCGAAACACUUUGUGACAGCAUCUUUCUCUAUCUACUAAUCCCUUGAAACAUGGAUAACUCGAUCUCCGGCGACGAUUUCAACUACCAAUCCGGCUUCGGCAACCACUUCUCCUCCGAAGCCAUCACCGGAGCUCUUCCAGUUGAACAAAACAGCCCCCUCAUAUGCCCUUUCGGUCUCUACGCCGAACAAAUUUCCGGCACCUCUUUCACCACCCCUCGCUCACUCAACCUCUUCAGUUGGCUUUAUCGGAUUAAACCUUCGGUGACUCACGAACCGUUCAAGGCACGGGUUCCUUCUAAUAAGAAAAUUUUGAGCGAGUUCAAUGACUCAAACAGUUCUACAAAUCCAACUCAGCUUCGAUGGAAACCAACAGAUAUACCUGAUUCACCAACGGAUUUCAUUGAUGGGUUAUUCACCGUUUGUGGUUCUGGCAGCUCCUUCAUGCGCCACGGAUAUGCUAUUCACAUGUACACUGCUAACAAAUCAAUGGAUAAUUGUGCCUUUUGCAAUGCAGAUGGUGACUUCUUGAUAGUUCCCCAACAAGGAAGACUCUUCAUCACUACCGAAUGUGGAAGAUUGAAUGUCUCCCCCGGUGAUGUAGCUAUUAUACCUCAAGGUUUUCGUUUUAACGUCAAUUUGCCUGAUGGUCCCUCCCGUGGCUAUGUUGCUGAAGUUUUCGGUACCCAUUUUCAACUUCCUGAUCUGGGACCAAUUGGUGCUAAUGGUCUUGCUUCCCCAAGGGACUUCCUUGCUCCCACUGCAUGGUUUGAAGAUAAAUCAUAUCCUGGAUACACUAUAGUGCAAAAGUUUGGUGGUGAACUAUUUACUGCAAUACAAGAUUUCUCUCCCUUCAAUGUUGUUGCUUGGCAUGGUAAUUAUGUUCCAUAUAAGUAUGACCUAAGUAAAUUCUGCCCUUAUAAUACAGUGUUGUAUGAUCACAGUGAUCCGUCAAUUAAUACUGUGUUGACAGCACCAACUGAUAAACCUGGGGUGGCAUUGCUUGAUUUUGUCAUUUUCCCGCCAAGGUGGCUUGUUGCCGAGCAUACCUUCCGGCCUCCUUAUUAUCAUCGCAAUUGCAUGAGUGAAUUUAUGGGUCUCAUUCAUGGUAACUAUGAGGCAAAAGUUGAUGGAUUUCUUCCGGGAGGUGCAAGUCUUCAUAAUUGUAUGACACCGCAUGGUCCUGAUACCAAGUCAUAUGAGUCCACCAUUGCUCGUGGGAACAAUGUAGGACCUCACAAGAUCAUCGACACAAUGGCUUUUAUGUUUGAGUCGAGUUUAAUUCCCCGUAUUAGUCAAUCAGCUCUUGAAUCCCCGUUCUUGGAUCAUGACUAUUACCAAUGUUGGAUUGGUUUGAGAUCCCAUUUCACAGUUCCUGAACUAAAGACAAUAAAGACUAAAGAGUGAAAUGGUUGUGUGCCAUGCGAAUCCAACUAGAUAAUGAGAGUUAUAUGUACAUAUUAUAAAUAGAAAUAUAAACAACCAGCUUGAAAUGUAAUAUAGAUGUUACUUAAAAGCCAGGAAAUCCUCUAUCCUCUGUACAUAUCUUUAAAAUAAAUAAUACACAUGGCAUGUAAUAAUCUAAUGCAAAGGAAAAGUUACAUGUGACAAUGUAAGGUCGAACCAUACAAAUUAUAGUUCCA